AUGUUGGUGCAGGCAAAUCUCAUCAAACAUGACAACAUUAUCAUCGACGCAAAAUCUGGUGUUAGUGGAGCAGGACACUGGUGCUAAGGAGGCGAAUCUUUACUCUGAGAUAGCUGAAGGCAUUUCUUCUUAUGGAGUCACACGGCAUCGCCAUGUUCCUGAAAUUGAACAAGGCUUAUCUGAUGUUGCACAAUCAAAAGUAACAGUCAGUUUUACACCGCAUCUCAUGCCAAUGAUCCGCGGAAUGCAAUCGACUAUCUAUGUGGAAAUGGCUCCCGGAGUUAGAACACAAGACUUGUACCAGCAGUUAAAAUCGUCUUAUGAGGGGGAGAUGGUAUCAAACCGAUGAAGACAGUCCGACCAGAUGAGUUUGGUUCUCCAUAUUCUAAAGACUCAAUCCUAUCCAUCGCGAACAGCAACAACAACCAGACGAGGUGAAGUUUGUCCUCACUCUCGAAAUUUAAAGUUUUUUUUGUUUUCUGAUUGGAUUCGACUUUUAAGAUAUGAGGGGAAAAAAACUUUUACAUUUUGAAUCUGCGUAUCUAAUUGAUUGAUUAACAUUCUUGCUGUUGAGGUCUUGCUUCUCUUAAACAAGACCAUUGCCACGACCAGAGAUGUAAUUCGCUCACUUUCUACUGAUGGAACAAGAAGAGGCAGAUAUUGACAACAAACUUGCAUUCGACUUCAUUCUCUGGAGAAGGACUUUAGGAUUGUUCGCUUGUGGAGAAACUAUAACAAAGAAUCAGGAAACACCAUUGAAAUGGUGGUUGUUGAUAAAGAAGGGACCAGAAUUCAUGCUUCAGUUGGUGAACAACUCAUCAAAAAAUUCGAUGACAAGCUACGCGAGGGAGAUGCGAUUGUCCUCCAGUUGUCAAAGUGUACGAUGCUACUAGUGAAUACCGUACGACGCCACAUCCUUACAAAAUUGGCUUCUUUCACACAACAUUUGUUGGAAUAGCUGAUGAUUUUCCAACUGCAGUUCCCGAAAAGUAUUUCGCGGACUUCUCUGAUAUUCUUGGUGGAAAUCUGGAUCAUAGCUGUUUGGUUGACGUGGUUGGCCAAAUAGUUAACUUCGGGUCUCUGGAAAACAAAAUAAUAAAAGGAAAGGACAACAUGAGGCUCUUGGUUGAGUUGCGUGACCCAAAUAAUGUGAAGAUGAUGUGUACUCUGUGGGGUUGUUAUGCUAAACAAGUAUACGAUUACAGUAGGAGUAACAUGUCCACCAUGAUUAUUUGUGUGAUCAGAUUCUGUUCUAUUAAAGAGUGGAAAGGUACUUACUCCAUAUCUAGCGGGUAUAAUUCAACCCAUAUCCUGCUCAACCCAACACUCGAUUUUAUUGAGGAGUUCAAAGCAAGUCUCCCUGAUGAUUCACUUGCUCUUACGAACAACGAUAGUAGCCAAUGGUCUGUUGGUACUGCUACUUCUAUUCGUGCCAGGUUUUUUGUUCUUAAUGAGAGGCUAACCAUCGGAGAGAUCAUUGAUAGCUCUGUGGUUGGCACUUUUGUUACUCUUGGGACCAUUGAAACAAUUGAUACUGAACGUGGCUGGCAAUAUCUAAGUUGCAAAUACCACAACAAAAAAGUGAUGCCUACAACCAAUGUUGAUGCUGAUGAUCGGCCCUUGUUCUUCUGCAAUACGUGUGACAAAGAACACAGUGAUGUUAUUUCCAGGUUCAAAUUAAUUGCCAAUGUCAAGGACGAUAGCGGCGAGGCUAAUUUUCUGUUGUUUGAUGCUAAUGCUCAAGCAAUUGUGCGUCAUUCUGCUGCUGAACUCUAUGACGAGAAUGAAGAUGAAGACUUCUUACCUGAAGCAGUGAGCGAUCUCUUUGGUAAGAGAGUCCUUUUUGAGAUUUCAGUUGACGCUGAUAACAUCAAAACAUCAAAGGAAAGAGUUCUCAGUAUGUUGUUCGAUUGGCUACUGAUGACCGUGAAAUGGUUGAGGAAUUUGCUGAUUUGCCUCCUAAAUCUAACCCGGUACUAAUGUUGGAGUCCGCAGAUGAUAUUUCCUCUGGUUCUGUUGGUUUUACAGCAACUCCUUUGUCCAAAAGAAAAAGCGAACAAGAUGACGACAGUUGCCUUGAGGAUCAACACUCUGUUAACAAGAAACUCUCUCAAAAGAAACUCAAGGGCGAGUGAGCUGUCUCUUUUUGAUGAGUUGCCGUCCUUUAUAGUGUUAUGGCUUUGUUUUUGCUUCAUUUUUUAAAACUUUGUCUGAGUAUCUUUGUCUUUGGUUUUGUUUAAGAUUUUGGUCUGAUCAUCUUUGUUUUUUGCUUUUAAUUGGAAUAAAAAUUUAUCAAGUUCUAAUAUAAACCAGACAACCUUUUCUUUGG